AUGCCGAUCUGGCCCCCUGUGCCCAUUGGGCCCGGGUGCGGAGCCCCGUUGGUCAUGUACGGUUGCCCCUGGGGGACAGAGACAGACACCAGUGGGACACCAUCAGUCAAGACUCAAGACAAUAACCCAUUAAAUUACCUUUUCAUUUUUCUCUUCAAAGCUGAUGUGGAGCCAGAAAGGCAUUCCCUGUACUAUGUGUACAUAGCCCUGUCACAGCAAAUCCCUGCUCCUGGCAUCUUUGAGUUCACUGCCAUGGGACUGCUAGACGACAGGAAGAUUGACUACUACAACAGCAUGGACAAGGUCAAGAUUCCUCAACAGGAUUGGAUGAGAGAAAAGAUUCCCGCAGACUACUGGGAGAGGGGUACCCAGAAACGCAAGAGUAAAGAGGAGUGGUUUAAAGUCAAUAUCAACACUGUGAUGGAACGGAUGAGGCACAACACAAGUGAUAUCCAUUCCCUGAUGUGGAGACAUGGCUGUGAGGCUGUCAGAACGGCAGACGGUUCUCUACAGUUUGUCAAGGGUGUUGAUGAAUACAGCUACGAUGGCAUCGAUUUCCUCUCCUUUGAUGAUGAUUCGCUGCAGUGGGUGGCACCAGUCCCUGAGGCUUUUCUAACGAAACAUAACUGGGAAGGAGUGCCAUUCCUGCACCUGCACACCAAGAGCUACCUGGAGAAGGAGUGUGUGGAGUGGCUGGACAAGUUCCGAACAUAUGGAGACAGUGAACUUACAGAAAACCAAAAACAUUAUCCCCCACAGAUUCAUCUUUUUGCCAGAAACGGGAGACCUCAUGGUAGAUACCUGUUGACAUGCCUGGCCACAGGCUUCUACCCGAAGGACAUCAAGAUCAGCAUCCUGAAGAAUGAUUGGCCUGAGAAGGAUGGCCACCCAAGCGAUGUCUUGCCUAACGGAGAUGGAACCCACCAGAUCAGAGUGACCAUCAUAGCGGAGAAAGACGAAAUAAACAUGUAUAGAUGUAAAAUAGAACACAGGACCCUGGACAAACCCAUUAUAGUUGGAGAAGUUUUGAUUGAAGAACCCUCAAUGAUUAUAGGGAUCGUUGGUGGAGUGUUGCUACUCAUUACUGGUGUUGUGGUCAUCAUUGGCAGAAACAGAGGAUGGUUCACAAUGGAUCAAGAUACAGAGGAGGAUGUGGAGUCUGUGGACCAAGACCAAGACAAACCCGUAAGCAGCUAAGCAACAGAGAUGCAUAGAGGGAGGCGACCUACGUGGGAGCAGCAACAAUCCUUUCUCCAGGAGCAGGAGCGCAGGCAGACGGACCUCCUUCGUCAACUGGCAAGGGAGUCUGCUGACCACCAGGAGCAGUUGGUUGGAGCCA